GUAUAGCAGAUGAGACGACCUCCUAUAGGCAAUCCGGUAGGGUUAGAAACCGUCACUAGCCGGUCACUCAUCCCGCUAGGUAUAUAAUCUCCCACCCACACUUCCGAUCAAUGUUUCUUCACUCUUUUGCAUAGGGAAAAGAAGAAUGGUGCAUUCUUCACCAAGUUCUGGAAUCUUCUUUGAAGGGGAUGAGCAGCCUCAAGCUGUAAGAAAUUCACAUUUAAGCGCGUAUGUGAAUCCGAAUUUAGUUUCUCAGAAUAUGUACCCGAACAUGGUUCCGGUGUCUGGGGAGCUGAGUAAUCCGGUUAUGGAUAAUAUGGGUGGAUCCGGGCCUGGUUCGUUGGUUACAGAUGCUAACUCGGGGCUUUCGGGGGGUACUCCAUCUUUCAAACAAAGUGCGAGUAUCAACACGGAAUCUUAUGUACGGUUUCCUGCGUCACCGUUAUCGUUUAAUUCUAAUAAUAUUAGUAUUUCCGGGUCGACUGUUAUAGACGGGCCGUCUAGUCAACAGGGUCUUCAACAAGGAGGUUCUACUGCCACAUCGUUGCCUAAUCCAAGAGUUGGGCCGAGUUCAAUGUUUCACGGGUCGCAUGAUAACGCAUAUCAUUUGCAAAAGAAGCCUCGGAUUGAUAUCAAGCAGGAAGAUAUCUUGCAGCAGCAAACUUUGAGACAGAUGUUGCAAAGACAGGAGUCAAUGCAGUUGCAAAGCCCGAAUCACCAGUUGCAAGCUUUGUAUCAGCAACAACAGUUGCUGCAGUCGUUGCCACCUGUGCAGCGGGCUCACUUGCUUCAGCAGCAGAUGCUGCAUUCUAGGCAAAAUGUUCAACAACCUGCUGCUGCAGUCAACCGACCCUAUGAUAGUGGCGUGUGUUCACGAAGACUGAUGCAAUACUUGUAUCAUCAGCGUCAACGUCCAGCUGAUAUAACUUACUGGCGGAAGUUUGUGGCGGAGUAUUAUUCUCCACGUGCGAAACAAAGGUGGUGCUUGUCUGUACAUAAUAAUGUUGGGCAUCACCCGUUAGGUGCAUUUCCUCCUGCAACGACAGAUCUAUGGCAGUGUAGCAUCUGUGGGUCAAAAUCCGGAAGAGGAUUUGAGGCGGCAUUUGAAGUAUUGCCUAGGCUUAAUGAAAUCAAAUUUGGUAGUGGUGUGAUCGACGAGCUAUGGUUUCUGGACUUGCCUCGGGAAUGUAGAUUUGCGUCUGGAAUCAUGAUGUUGGAAUAUGGAAAAGCAAUUCAAGAAAGUGUUUACGAGCAACUACAUGUGGUUCAUGAAGGCCGGCUUAAAGUUAUUUUCACCCCUGAUUUAAAGAUACUAAGUUGGGAAUUCUGUUCACGCCGCCAUGAGGAGCUUCUUCCUCGCAGACUAGUUGCUCCGCAGGUGAAUCAGUUGUUAGAAGUUGCUCAGAAAUGGCAGUCUACUAUCGCUGAAAGUGGGUCAGGUGGGGUUUCCCAGCAAGAUUUGCAGACAAGCAGCAAUAUGCUUGUCACAGCUGGGCGGCAGCUUGCCAGGAGCUUGGACUUACAGUCGUUAAACGAUUUAGGAUUUACUAAAAGAUAUGUGAGGUCCUUGCAGAUUGCUGAAGUUGUCAAUAGCAUGAAAGACUUGAUGGAUUUCACCCAACAAACCAAUAUCGGCCCCAUUGAGGCCCUGAGAAGGUUCCCUAGACAGACAAGUGUAACUAAAUUGCAGAUGUCGGAUAGUCGUGGCGUCAUCAUCCCAAAUGACAGAAAUGCCCUCGGUGGUCUUGUUGGAUUACAGCCGGGGGUUAUCAGCGCAAUGAACAAUAAUUUUCAACUGGGUAGCCGAGGAGCGCUUGCACAUUCAAAUUACCAGAAUACCCUGUUGAGACAAAACUCGAUGAAUUCAAACUCCUCUUUUAAUAACUCCAUUCAGAACAGAUCUCCGAUUCAAGGUCAGCCGUUGCAGAUUAACAGCAGCAGUAUUCCAGUUGGGUAUCAGCGGUUUUCGAGUGGCGUAUUCCAAGCCCAGCAGAACAACCAGCAAUCGUCUUCUCAAGGUGGUGGUCAGGUGGCACAACAUCACAUGAUUCAGCAAGUGCUCAAGGGUAUGACCGAUGGAGGGGCGAAACCGAAACCGUCUAUCUCAGGACAGAGUGGUGGUGGUGGUGGUCCAACCAGAAGCAACAGUUUUAAAGCCGGAUCAGGUUCACAUAGCGACUCUUGUGCGGCAGGUGGUGGUGACAAAUCAGCUGAUCUGCCUCAUGUAUCAGACAUUUUCCAGGAUAUAGCCAGUGAGUUUUUUAACAAUGAAACUGAAGACGGUUUGGGGUAUGGGUGGAAAGCAUGACCCGACCCGACCCGUGAACGAUGAACAUGGGAACUUGGUUUUGAGAAUGUUUGGUUGUAUAGUUUUUUUUUCGUUUUUAACUGUUGAGCUAUGGAUGGAGUUGGUGGUUAUGUGGGCUUGUGUUUUCAUGGUGAAUGGCUGAAUGCAAAUGCAAUCUAUGAGUUUGAGUUUC